UGCAUUGUUUGCAACAAAUCAUUACACAAAAUCAAUCAUAAUCAUAAUUCGCGUAUAUCAGUGUCCCGAAACAUGGGGAAGGUAACAACAAACAGUAACCGCAGGUCAAGAACUCCUAAUUGGUCAGCAGACGAAAAACAGUAUCUUCUAGAAUUGAUUAAGAAUCGUAAAGAAGUGGUUGUGACCCUAACUAACAAUGGACCUAAUCAUUCUGUAGAAAAAGAAGUGGCCUGGAACGAGAUUCUAAGAGAGUUAGCGUUAAAAUUUGGAAAUAAAUUUGUAGGGAGUUCUAUUAAAAAGGUGAAAACUCAAUGGCAAAAUAUGAAGAGAAUAGCGCGUGAAGAAAUAUCCACAAACGGACCUGUAGUUGAGAGUUUCACAAAACAAUCAGUUGAGGUCUGCCAGAUUUUGGAUAUGAUUCAGGAUGGAGUAUUGGUUGUUACCCCAGAAACUCCUAAACCACCUACAGUGACUCCAAAUGUAGAGAUAAAAACUGAACGCCUUGAAGAUGAAACUCCAAAUCAGGCCAGUGGUAGCUGCCAAGAGGAACCUAUGGAAACCACUUAUGGGCAGCUGAAUGUGACAAACAAUAAUAUGACUCAGCUUGAAUCUUCUUCAUCAUUCAGUGAACAAGCGUCUGAAGUUUAUGAGGAAAAUUACAUGGAACAUUCUGCAAGCCCCGAGCAUCCUAGAUUGAAUAAAAAGAAUGCUUCUGUUAUGACUGAAACACCUACAGCUCAGGAUUCUACAAUCUUAAACCCUUUCCAUAGAAGCCUUCAAGAGUUUUUCAGAUAUACAUCCAUUGAGAAGCAAUUAAAACUGGAAACACUUAAAGAAGAACGCCAGGUGGCAAGAGCAAUGAGGGAGACAGCAGAAUUAAACAAAAUUAUUGCUGAGCAACGGCUAAAACAUCUUUUGUGGUUGAAAAAUCAAGAAAUUCUGAUGCAAAGUGGUGACCCAGGGGCUGGAGCUGGCAGGGGCGGUGGCGGUGGUGGCUCCAUCCGGGAGGCUGGUGGUGCCUUUGGAAAGAUGCAGGCUGCCCGUGAAGAUGAGUUUUUCUACAAGAAGACAAAGGAGCAGUUGGCGAACCUGAAGGACCACCUCGGGAAGGAGAUCAGCUUCCACCAGGAGCAGAUCAAGCGGCACGAGGAUGCCAUCCGCCGCCACAAGGAAACCAUGGGCAGCAUGGACAAGAAGGAUUAGAUACAACACUCACACUUUUAUAAGAGGACAGAGAUCUGCUUGACCCUCUGUAACUAACUUAAAGACAGAUGACUAAAGUGCACUAUCUAAUAAUGUCACAAGUUAUAACUAUGUAUUUGGUUUGGCCACAUCUGUGCCUUACUUUAAUAAUGGUCAUUAUUAGCCAUCCUUACGCCAUUGUGCUUUUAACUUUUAUAUGUUUACAGUGAAAAAGUCUUAAAAUUUUAACUCUCUAUUUUUUUUUGUUAUAAUAUGACUUGAAAUUAUCGAAAUUUGGUUGGAUCUUAUGUAUGUAACUGUUAAGGCUGUCUUAAUGUUAAUGGAUUAAGUUUUUUUCGCUUUUAUUUUGAUUAGACUAGAAGACUUGAAUACUAGCAAUUAUAUUGUUUAUCGAGUACUUAAA